CUUGCACAUGAUAGCGCCAAAGAUGAAGUCCUUGAGGAUGCUCGGGAUGAGGGUGAAGGGCAUGCAGAAUACGACCAACAUCAGGUCGCUGACGGCCAGCGACAGCAGGAAGGAAGAAGAUGAGGGAGUAGAGCAGGAUGAUCAGCGUGUGGUCGUCAUCUAACGCCGACAAAGACACAAACAAGGAAUACGAAGGGGACCGAAAUGAGGCUGGAGAACGACAUGGGAUGGGUAAAGCUGUUCUGCCGAAAGGAGACGUUUAUCAAGGACGAUAUGAACGUGGGAAAAGACAUGGCAAGGGCACAUACCGCUUUGUGAACGGAGCUAGAUAUGUGGGAGACUACCUCCAGAACAUGAAACACGGACAAGGCAUCUUCUACUACCCAGAUGGAUCCAAAUAUGAAGGCUCGUGGGCCGAGGACUUGAGACAGGGCCAUGGUGUUUACACAUACUCCAAUGGGGACACGUACGUUGGAGAGUGGCUAAAUCACAUGAGGCACGGCGAGGGCACCUAUCGUUACCAUGACACCGGCUCGGUGUACACUGGGAUGUGGGCGAAUGGCAAGAUUGAGUCUGUCGGAGAGUUCAUCCACGCCAACCACAGAUACAGCAGUAACUUUGUCAACAAUAAUCCAUCUGGUCCAGGAAAGUAUGUGUUUGACAUUGGCUGUGAACAGCAUGGUGAAUAUCACCAAAUAGAGCAGGACAGGGCCGAAGGCGAGUGGGGUGAGCCGGGCUCCAGUACGCUUCUCAAGUGGUUUCCAAAAUGCAUCACGGGCCUUACGUCGCAGGAAGCUGACGGCGAGGGCGAGGGUGAAGGCGAGGGCGUGGCCGUGGGUGAGGGCGAGGCUCCACCCGAGGUUUCACUCGAGGCUCCAGCCGAAGCGUAACCAGCGACCGACCUUACAAUACGCGAGACGGUAGAAAUUGAAAGAACAUACCUGAUAUGAACAGUACAGCGCGCACCGUUGAAAUCCUUCUCGGCCGUGGCGAAAAUACGGCCUUUAGCUUUGGGUCAAACAUUUGUACCUAUGUUACAUUUCGACAGAAAUGUCAAUUUUUUUUUUUUUUUUGUGUGUCAUCAUACAAUAUAAAGUUAUUUUUCAGGCCUUAGAUGAGUUUGCGUCACCUUUGUCCCAUCCCAACUAGCUGAGGUAUCAUAAUUACAUAAUUAUAGCUGUAGGACACUCCCACAGUUACCGUAGCGCCCAUAAAUCCACCUGAAGGACAACACGCACUGCUCCUUCACUGUCAACUUUGCACUUAUCCUAGAAACGAAAGUCCCCGUUUUCUUCAGCAGGUCCUAGAUUGUUCUUCUUGACACAAGAUGGGUACUGACAAAAAACGUUUUCGACGUAAGACUAAAGUAGCCAUACAUUAACCCAUUUAAUCCCACCGGUCACAUUUGUGAUGGACAACAAUGAUUUAAUUUACA